AUCUACGCACAGCUUUUGAUUUAUUAGACAGAAAUCGUGAUGGCCGUGUUACAGCAAAUGAACUCCAGUUUAUGUUGAAAAAUUUGGGCAUAAAUGUGCGAGAUGAAAUCAUCAAUGACCUGAUUCGGGAGGCGAGUCAUUCGGGUAAUGGUUUAAUAAAUGAAGCGGAAUUCCUGCAAUGGGUGGGUCGCAUACAGGCCCUGCGCGACGAGCAACACCAACAACAGCAACAAGAGGAAAACGCCAGCAAACCCGAUGAAUUGGAUGAUGUCACCCAGGAUUUAAUUGCUGCAUUUAGAGUAUUUGAUCGGGAUGGCAAUGGCUUUAUUACCCGUGAUGAAUUACAAACCGCCAUGGAAAUGAUUGGUGAGCCCCUGACAGAGACACAGCUGACACAGCUAUUGGCCAUAGCGGAUCUGGAUCAAGAUGGGCGAAUCGAUUAUGAAGAAUUUACAAAAUUAUUACUCUAAAAAGUGGCAGCUUUGAAGUAUGAACCUCAUUUGAAAAAAUAGCAACAACUUAAAACAACAAAACUAUAAAAAACAUAACAUUUUAUUCUUUGCAACAACAACAACAAAAUAAAUUUAUAGAUAAAAAUGAUAA